GUUUCUAAAAUGUCUUCCAACUCUCAAAUUCGGCAUUUCUUCAAAAACCAAACUAUUUUCAUAACCGGAGGCUCAGGUUUUUUAGGAAAAGUUUUACUCGAAAAACUACUGCGCGAGUGUGAAGAAAUCAAAAAAAUAUACGUGCUGAUGCGUUCCAAGAAAAACAAAACUCCAACUCAACGAUUCAUUCGAGCAACAAGAGAUUUGUUAGAACUGGCGAAGAAAAUGACGAAUUUAAAGGUGUUCGUCUUUGUUUCUACUGCGUAUUCCAACUGUGUGCAUGCAGACAUCAAAGAGCAGUUCUACGAGCCACCAAUGAAAGCAAAACAGUUGUUACAAUUGGUGGAUGCUCUCGAUGAUGACACUUUAAAAGCCAUCACUCCUCAGUUGCUAAAAACGUGGCCGAACACAUAUGUGUUUGGUAAAAGUAUUGCAGAAGACCUGAUUAAUACGAUAGGUAAAGAUUUACCAAUAACAGUCGUACGUCCAGCUAUCAUUAUUAGUAGCAUAUCCGAGCCCAGAAUUGGGUGGCAUGACAACUUCUAUGGUAUUAUCGGUGUGUGUAUGGGCACUUCGUUAGGAAUUAUCAGAGUCAUUAAUUUAAAGAAGAACGGUAUAGCACCAUUGGUACCAGUAGAUUACGUGUCAAAUUGUGUUUUGGCUGCUGCUUGGCAACGAGGGACGUGUGACGUCACUACCAUUUACAACUUCGUCGGUCAUAAGAACAACCAAAUCACUUGGGGAAGAUUUAUAAAAAAUUCAGAGGCUAAUUACUUGGAGUGUGCAUUGAGGAAAGCUGUAUGGCACUUUUCUUUAACAACAGUAGAAAAUAAAGUUUGCUAUAAGAUCUGCACUUUCUUUUUACACACGGUACCGGCUUAUAUCGCAGAUUUUGUUCUUGUGUGUUUGGGAAAACCCGCUCUGUAUUGGGUAGUCAAGAAUUACGGCCGUUUGGAUCGGCUGUUGAGUGCUGUGUUAUAUUUUUGCACUGGAAGUUGGAAUUUCGAGGAUCAUAAUGUGAUGGAAUUGUGGAACGCCAUGGCCGAUGAAGAUAAAACGUUGUUUUGUUUCAAUAUGGAAAGAGUGGAUUAUGACAUUUACAUUCGUAAUAGUGUUAUAGGUACUAGACUUUACCUGUUCAAAGAAACACGGGAAAAUAGUGUUAGGAUGGGUUAUUCUUUGGAGCAAAACACGUUCAUCAUCAUGUCCUACUACCGUAAUGGGGUGUUAAAUGAAAAUGUCUUUACAUGCAUCCACAGAGUACUUUGUGAAUCUUUGAAGACGCCCAUACGGCGAAUUGUGGCCAGAUUUAACGACACUGGUAGCGUCUCUAAGGGAAAACCGACGAGACCUCAAGUUAGUGAAGACGUUGAGGAUUUAAGGACGAGAAUGGAAGAAAGUCCGAAGAAAUCUUUGUCAAAACUCUCUUUACAGUCCGGGGAGCUGCAACCAGCAGAUUUUCCUCGCCGCGUCUAG